AUGACAACUAUAAAAAUUAACAACUGGGUAAAAACAGAUGAGAAUGAUUUUACAUCUACUUCGGUUAUAAAAUUAGAAUCAUUUAAUUAUAAAGGAGAACUAAUUUCAGGAAUAAAAGUGGAAGAUAAAGUCAUCAAAGGACAAUUUAAAAAAUUUAUCCCAGUAGAAAUAGAACUAAAUGAGAGCGAAAUAGAAGUGAAAAGAUCAACAAGUGGUGAUGCUAGAGAUGGUAUUUUCAAAAUUAAGAUCGAAGAAAAAGGAUUAGUAGAAAACUCCUAUACUCCCAAAGUUAAUUCAAUUAAGAUGCCUUUCAAUGUUAGUCAAUUAGGAGACUAUAAUGCUUAUUUAGAAAAGGGCAAAUUAGUAAUAGGUUCAGAUGGAGGAAGUGCAAUACCCAAAUUAAAAGUAGUUGAUGAAAAUCCGGAGUUUCCUCAUCCUGAUAAAAAACAGGCUGCUUCACAAGGGAAUGAUCGCCAAAGAGUAAGGAAAGCCAUUACCCAAGCCGGAGAGGCUAAAAAGAAAUUAUUUGUAUUCGGAUAUGGUAACAAGAGCAAGGAGGAUUUUGAGGAUGCUGUGCAAGCACUAAAUGAUUUGAUAAAAAUAGCCAAGGAUGGCAGUUCAACUAACCAAAGUAGUCCAGAUCAAGGAAAACCAGGAAACGACAGCGGCAACAAUAAGAAAAGAAAAAAUGAGAAUGAGGAUAAUAAUCAUUCCCGAGAGCCAAAACGGACAAAAAUUGAAGAGGAAAUUAAACAAAACCAAGCCAAAAGUGAUGAAAAAAAUUCCAAUAAAUUGGUCAAUGACUUAACUAAUUUUAAUAGCAAAAAUGAGGCCGAAAAAAAACAAAGUUUAGCCGAUAUCGAAAGACUAAAAAACCAAGGAGGAGUUUAUGAGAGUCAAAAAGAACAGGUUAAAGAGAAAAAAGAUGAAGCUGCUAAAUCUGACCCCCAAGGAUACGGUAAAAUGAUUGCCCAAAUUAUCCGGCAAAAAAUUAAUGAGUUUAAGGUGGAAAUUACUAAGUUAGGUGAAAAAAUAAAUACCAAGUUGGCUCAACUAGAAAAUGGCGAAGUUACUAGUGAUACGGAAGUGAGGAGUAUUGAAGAAGAAAUUAGCGAAGAAGUUAGUCAAGAAGUAGCUAAUGUAGAAACGAAUAAUUUAUUGACCCAAGCCCAAAAUUUAUUAAAGGGGGCGAGUACCUAUCAAAGUAAAAAGAAGGAAAUUGAACAAACUCUUAGCAAGUUAGAAAUUGUUUCGCAAAAUACUAAUCAGUCAACUAAAUCAAGUCCAUUCCGUUCCGAAGUAAUUAUCCCGGUUGGUUUGGGUCUUUUGAUGAUAACCGAGAGUUUAAACAGUAUUUCGGUCAAGGAAAAGGAUCUAACCACCUAUCUCAAACAUUGUGGAUUUAUUUUACCCAAUGCAGAAAUUUAUGGUGGUUUAGCGAACAGUCCUUAUAAUAUCGGUUGCGAUAGUCAAAUAAUUACUCACCCGCAGGUUUUAGAAGCCUCUGAAGAAUAUAUUCGUUUUUUAGAAAAAAAAGACCAAGAUAAUUAUUUGGUAAGCGAUAAUUGCCUCAAAUGUGGAAAGAAUAAAUUUUGCUCUCCACGUCAAUUCAACCUGCUCUUAACCACCAAUUUAGAAAUCACGGAGGGAAAAGAAAAUAUAGUUUAUUUACGUCCAGAAACUUGCCAAGGAAUAUUUGUUAAUUUUCCCUCUAUUCAAAGAAGCACUCAUCGACCACUACCAUUUGGAAUUGGUCAAAUGGGCAAGAGUUUUCGGAAUGAAAUUACUCUCCACCACGGAAUUUUCCGCACCCGUGAAUUUGAACAAAUGGAGUUAGAAUUUUUUUGUCAGUCAGAGGAAAUAGACUUGAAAAAUGAAGAACUACCCCAUUAUGCUAAAAAAACCCAAGACCUUUACUUUCAAUACCACUUCGGUUGGGGAGAAUUAUGUAGCAAUAGCCAUCGCGGCAACUAUGACUUAUCCCAGCACCGUCAACAUUCCGGAAAAGAUUUUCGGAUUAAUGGAAUUAUUCCCGAAGUAGUAGAAAGUUCUUUUGGAGUAGAAAGAUUAAUGUUAGCCAUCUUAGAAGACAGUUAUCAGAAAGAAACCAUUAAAAAUGCUCAAGGUGAGGAAAGUGAACGAGAAGUAUUAAAAUUAUCUCCGUUGUUAGCACCCUAUUUAGUGGCAGUAAUUCCUUUGGAAAAGUCUUUACGAGAAAAAUCUCACCAGUUAUAUUGCGAAUUACUGAAAAAUCCUCUUUUUUCAGUUGCUUAUGAAGAAACUGGCAAUAUUGGCAACCGCUAUCGCCGCCAAGAUGCCAUUGGCACCUAUUAUUGUCUUACACUUGAUAAGCAAACCCUCCAAGACAACACGGUUACCCUCCGCCACCUUUAUAUGAAGAACACUGACGACAAUUUAUCACCAAAUAAGAAAAAAGAACCAGGUAGUGAUGCCUUAAUUUAUCUUCUUUUGUUCAUGUUGGUUGCUUUAUUAGUUGGCGUUUCUCCCACCGCUGAUGAGGUAAUUAAAUUAAUCCAAGGCAAUCGAAACCGUCGCAAAACUGCAAAAAGAAUUUUAGCCGGUGAAAUGCGAGGGCGAACUUUGACUAACCAAGAAAAGAAAGAAGUGGAAAAGGAAUUGGCGAUGAUUAAUGAGAAAUGGGCGGAAAAUUUGCAAGGUUUCAACAUGAAAGAGAUUGAAAAAGAAAAUCCGACCGUUUUAGCCAAGAUCUAUGCUGGUCUUUAUGAACAAGGUAAAAUAACAACAAGACUGAAAUAUAGAACCUCCGUUAGUCGCCCUCUAGAAGAACUAAAAAAACAAGAACAAAUUCAAAAAGGGAAGAAAGUGACUGAACUCACUCCUGAACUGAUUAAUGAAUAUAAAAAAAAAAGUGUUUUUCAGCAAAAAGAUGGAACUAGUAAAACCAUCGACUACUCUCAGACUUUAAAAAUUAAGUUUAAUGGCUAUUCUGGAUUCUUGACCGAGAAGGAGAAAAAGAAUUCUAGCGAGGGUAAGGAGGUCUUUGGAUUAACCACCUCUGAUGGAGUAAGUUUCGUUUCUGACCAAAAUCAUAAGGUAAAAUUAGAAAAAGACACUACUAACCCAGUAGAGGGUUCAAUAAUUCCGUCGGAAUACUAUUUAGUUAAAACGAUUGGUGGUCGAACUUAUCAUGAUAUUUGUUUUGAAGAAUGUUUAGAAACCAUGGCUCACGAAUUGGCUCAUGCGAUAGUUGGUAAUAUUAAGGGAGAGUAUGAGGGCGAAGAAGGAGGUGAAAAGGCAGAAAAGGAACAGCAAGAAUUAGCAAUCGGCAGUAUUGCCGUUAAGCCACCAAGCCAUUGGGAUGAGUGA